CAAAUAGUGUAGAGUAGAGAAGUAGAGAAAUGGAGAGGGUUAAGUUGGGCUCCCAGGGAUUAGAGGUAUCUAAGCUAGGGUUUGGGUGCAUGGGCCUCACCGGAGUAUACAACGCUCCGGUCGACGACGCGGCCGGCAUCGCCAUCAUCAAGCACGCCUUCGCGAGCGGCAUCACCUUCUUCGACACCUCCGAUCUCUACGGACCUCACACCAACGAAAUCUUAGUCGGCAAAGCGCUGAAACAACUGCCGAGGGAGAAGGUGCAACUGGCGACAAAGUUCGGGGUGGUGAUGCCCGGCGGUAGAUGGAGUAACACGCAGUACUACAUCAACGGUAAGCCCGAGUAUGCGCGCGCCUGCUGCGAGGCGAGCCUCGAGAGGCUCGGCGUGGACUACAUCGACCUCUACUACCAGCACCGGAUCGACCCCACCGUGCCCAUUGAGGAGACCAUGGGAGAGCUAAAGAAAUUGGUGGAGGAGGGGAAAGUGAAGUACAUCGGGCUCUCGGAGGCGAGCCCGGACACAAUCCGGCGAGCCCACGCGGUGCACCCAAUCUCCGCACUUCAGAUGGAAUGGUCACUUUGGACUCGCGACAUCGAGUCCGAGAUCGUGCCGCUUUGCAGGGAGCUGGGAAUUGGGAUAGUUCCUUACAGCCCCCUCGGCCGCGGCUUUUUUGGUGGGAAAGGAGUUGUAGAAGCAAUACCACAAGAUACGUUUCUGCAAUCACAUCCGAGGUUUUCCGGAGGGAACUUGGAAAAGAAUAGGCCUUUGUAUGUGAGAAUGGAAAACCUAGCCUUGAAGCAUCAGUGCACCCCUGCUCAACUAGCUUUAGCUUGGGUUCUUCAUCAAGGGGAUGAUGUUGCCCCAAUCCCAGGGACAACCAAGAUCAAGAACCUGGAUAACAACAUUGGCUCAUUGAAAGUGAAGCUCACUGAAGAAGAUGUGAAGGAAAUACGCGACGCAGUGCGCGAGGAAGAGGUUGUAGGUUUGCGAACUGCGAACGAGUCUUCGACCUGGAAGUAUGCGAAUACUCCGAGGAAGAACACCGAAUCCGCUGCUUAACAUAAGGGUUUUGCGAUUGCUUGAUAAGAUCCUACUGUUUGCUUGAAUACUAUGAUAGAAUAUGAUAAAUUAGCAGAAAGAGACUUCAUAUAUGCUCAUGUUGUUGUAGCUUGUGUCUUGCACUAUGUUUGCCUCUAUGAUAAAUUCGCAGAUGGAAACUUAUAUAUAGUCCUAUUGUUGUAACUUGUCUUAUACUGUGUUUUGCGUACUUUUGCAUUAAUAAAGUGCUUCUUGCUUUAUGAAA